CUUCAUCCUAAAAAUACAGUCCAACCUGAAUCUACAACAAAAUCUGAAGUUCUGCGAAGCGUUGAUCCCAUAAACGCCAAUAUUAAUGUCUCCAAUGUCACUGGAACUCGUCAAGGUGGGUUAGUCAUUAGUUGUGGAAAUAAAGAUGACUUCCAAAUUUCAACAUAUCCUCAACACUAAUCUAGGUGACAAAUAUGAUGUGAAAUCUAUCUCCUCUCUCCAUCCACGAAUCAAGAUCGCUUAUAUGUGUGAAAAAUUUGAUGAUGACACUCUUUUGGACUAUCUUAAACAACAAAAUAAAUCCUGUUUUACUGAAAAUUCUGCUUCCAAAAUAAUUUAUGUUAAACCGUACUUAAAAAAUAGCAAACUGUUCUUCCAAGCUGUCGUCCAGGUGGAUGCAAAUACUUACCACAAAGCUAUGAAAUUAGGUAAACUAACCGUCGGGUUUGAUUUUGAUUGUCCUGUUUACUGCGCUGUGGAACCACGUAGGUGUUUUAAUUGUUGGGGUCUUCACCAUUUAUCAAAUCAAUGCAGUAAAAAAGACCCUACAUGUCCCAAAUGUGCCUCCAAUCACGAUGUAAAAGAUUGUAACUCUGCUAGUUUAAAAUGUGUAAAUUGUGUUAAUCUCAAAUCCAACCAUAACAUAAAUAUUUCUGUUGAUCAUGUCGCUUGGGAUAAAGAAUGUCACUUCUAUAAGAGAGGUACAGACAAAAUUUAGAGAUAGCAUAGUGCCAUCUCAAUAGCA